GUCACCACCUUGGCCACUCAUCAUCUUGACAACAAACAUUCAAUUACUUGCACUUCUCUCUCCUCUUAAUUUGGUAUCAAAAUUCAGCGUUUUCACUAGAGGGAUAAUCGAAAGCAAAAGUACAAAGAAACACACCAGCUGCCAUGUCAGCACAACAAGACCUCCAAGAGCUCCUGCGGCUCCUCACGGUUGGCCGCAAGACUCCAAUGCUUCAAGCCAUGGCCCAGAUCAAGUCUCUACAAGCAGUUGAUAUCAGGAGCAUCCAACAAAUAGCCGAGGCUCCUCUAGACACCAUCAAAACAGCCUUGAACGAUGAAAAGACAGCAAAGUCUCUUCAGAAUGCCUGCAAAGCAGCCAUGAAGCGAGCCAGCGCCGGAGGCCCAGCGGGUACCAAGCGAGGUGCCCCGUUAUCAACCGCAAGCUUGCCUUCCAAACGCCUCAGACAUGACGACAAUCCACUGAUGCCUUCUCGUGCUUUCGGCGAGGAGCUCACACCUCAAGAACUGGAAGCCUCACUCGAACUUCCCAUCUGCUUAGACGAAGAGCUCAUCUCGCAAACCGUCCUGGAGACCAACCGCGCCCCCCUCGUUCUUGCCUUUGCCGUCGAACUACUGCGCUACACAAUGCCUGAGCAGCCACUUUCUUCUCGAUUGAGUCUGGGACAAGCUGUAGUCAGCGCCAACUCGCGCUCAAAAGCCGUGAGCAUUGGUCUGGCUGCCAAAGGACCCAAUCCCGAAGAUGAAGGGUUGAUUGGUUCAGGCCAGCCACGAGUGAGAGUGAUGGGGAGGGAGGUUCCCGUGCUAAAGAGAGGGGGUUACGAGUGGAAGGACGAGGAGGAAAAGGGAAGUACCGCCGAAGAAAAUCAACAGACCACCACGGCGCAGUCAUCCUCAACAGAGCCGAAAGACGAAGACGUCAAAUCACAACCACCACCACCCAAAAGCGUCCACCCCUUCUUUCAACCAGACGACAUCCACUGGUCCUCGUCCGGCCUUCCCGUCACCUCCAAAGACUCCAAAUUCCUCGCCCACUCGACAAAAAUCACCAAGCAAGCCCAAGAAAAAGUCCUCCUGAACAAUCUUAUGCGCAAGCACCCCAACCUCGAAUCAGCAUCCCACAACGCGUGGGCCUACCGGCUCCGCGACGCCAGGAUGCCGGACCGCAUCAUCGAGAGAUCCUUUGACGACGGCGAGCAAGGCGCCGGCGACUUGAUGCUGCGCAUCCUGCGCGAGCUGGACAUUGAAGACUCGUUGGUGGUGAUGACGCGCUGGUACGGCGGGACGAUGCUCGGGCCCGACCGGUGGCGGUUGAUGAGGAAUGUGGUGACUGCUGCGCUGAAUGAGCGGGGGAGGAAGGCGGGCGGGGAGGUGUUGAGUGCGGGAGGGGAGGCGGUUUGGGGGUUGGAUAUUGAGGGGAUGCAGAACAGGGGUUCUGGGGCUUCGGCUACAUCUACGUCUACGUCUACGUCUAUGGGCGGCAAAAAGGCUACCUAUGGGACCGGAGUGGUGGGGAUACAGAUUCAUAAGCCGGAGGUGGCGAGGAACUAUCUGUUGAGGAGCUUCCAUACGGCUUCGGCUGCUGAUGCUGGUGAGGAGACUGAGGAAGGAGGGACGGCAAAGAAAAAGACAAAGACCAGGAAGACGCAAAAGCAGCUGGAAGCAGAGAGGGAGGAAAAUCUAGGACUGCUACUGGGCGCUUUAAGGUUGUUGUUUGAUAGCUGGCGGGACCAUCUUACGGCUGCUGAACUGGAUAAGAGGGCGUGGGCGUGGUAUGUAGCAGUUAGACCGGAUGUCGAGGCCGGGCCGGGGGGAUGGGGAGCAAAGGACACAUUGAGGUUGAAGAGUAUCUUGGACUUGAGACGAACGGAGCAGACUUGAUGUUUCUCUUGUUGUCGUCAAUCGACUUGGGAUCGUAUUAUGAUUUCACCCACUGAUAAUCCGUCCUGUCUUGCUCAUUGUUGUGUCCUUUGGUGUACCUGCGUACUUGUAUCGUAUCCGGUGGAUGAGCUUUUCGUGAGAGAGAAUUUCGAGCCGGGGUGAUGACAUCAGCAUUGACUCUUUCCCAUCUGAACUUCCAGAAAAGCAUAACGUGGAAAAGCAACCAUUUCCCCGAUUCCCCAUUCCGAGUUUUCGUACCUGCCCAAGGUACCUGACGUGGAACGAUCAAGGUCCAUAUCGGACACUUGUGGCAAUCCCCUCAUGGUAAUGGCUGAAAUGACCUUGCUUCCAGAAAUUGCCUUCGAAACUUGAACCAUCCAAAGCCCAACUGGACGACAACGACGACAUGGCGCCGUCCCGCACAGAGGUACAAAAGAC